AUGGUUAUAAAACAAAAAAUAAAGAAGACCAAUGGCCCACAUCUGAGGCUGAACAUGCCCUUUGCCAGUGAACCAGAUUUUAUACGCUUAGAUAAAGCUACACAGACCUCCUCUGAGGACACAAUAGACGAUCCGUUCCAGGAGAAGGCAAAUCCAUAUACAGCUCCCAUGUUCGUGCCAGAAAAGGAAAGAUACUAUGCGUGGAAAACAAGAAGCAGACAACAAGAGAGAUGUCACACUGUCUGGUCAGGGUUAGAGCCUGGGAAUUUCCUUCUGAAGGAAAAAAACAAAACAGGGAUUACUGACAAGCACUUAGAAUAUCAUCAGAGUAUCUCCUUGAAGCCAAUUACAGAAAAACGUAAUGAGGAAUCUCCAAAACCUGAUCCAAUAGCCACCAUUACUGGGCAGAUACUCUUGGCAGUGGCUAGCCUGCGGGACUCAGACAGGAGCAGUAUUCAGGCAGCUGCAACUAUGCUGAAUUCUGUUUUAAAGAAAGAGAAGAACAAACUAAGAGGAAAGGUGCCAGAAAUCAUUGAUAUCAUUUAUUUCCACUUGAACGCUAUCCAUGAUCCAAGUGCAAGAGAAGCAGCAAUAGGAGCUGUUUGCCUGCUGGUUGAAAAACAUACAGAUGAGGCCAUCUCAAGCCUUCUGAGACUCUCACUCUUUUGUGACAGACACAUUACUCAAAUUUGGGAAGCUCUGGGCCAAGCUAAACAACCAGUCAGACUCCAGGUCCUUGCCAAACUCCUUGAAAUCCUAAAAAGAAGACCUGGCUUCAACAGUGAAUUCCUGUUUAGUUCAGACCUAAAUUUCAAGGAUAACGCAUCCCUUCUGCCACUAGCUGCAACAAAGGCCCUCUGCAUAAUAUUUAAGGAUAAAAGGUGCAAAGUGCCUAUGAAUAGCUAUUAUGUAUCUGUGAUCAUUUUCCUGGUUAUUCAGUUGCAUUACUUGGUGAACUCCUCAGAUGUUGACUACGGGCAGGACGACAUCCUCAAAGCAUCAAACUAUAUAAGCUGUACCAUGGAAGCUUUAAAAGCCUUGGUUAAAAGGGAGAAGACAUCACAGACAUGUUUUACAAGUCUCACGGAAAACUGGGAACUUCUGUCUUCACCAGAGAAUUACCUUGAAGGUGUUCUCCUCUUGGCCAGAGCUCUUAUCAAGCAUCAUCGUGGGCUUGAUUAUGCUGUAUUUACCAAGGUGAUACCACUUCUCCAUCAUGGGGAUGACCAACAGAAGCUAACAGCAAUGGCCUUUUUCACUGCACUUCUUUCUUCUGAGUCUGCCUAUACAGUGCUACAAAAACAUUAUAUCCUGGGCUUAUUAAAGAGUUGGCAGAUUGAUUCAAACGCAACCUACCGCUGGCUCAGUCUUCAUGGGAUGGGGAAUGUAAUUCAGCAUCUGCAAAAUAGGAAAGAAAUCACAGCCCUAAUCCUGAGUAUACUUCCAAAUUUCAAUGAUCCUGAUGAGAAGGUGACAUUGACAGCUAUUGAGGUCAUAACCAAGGUGGUUGGGCACCACAAGAAUGCCAACCAUGUGCUUCUAAAGAUUGCCAAACAGCUUCAGCCACUCUUGGCAGAUGGGAGGAAUAAUAUAUGUUGUGCUGCAAAUCAGCUGUUCCAAGACAUCCUGAAGACUUCGGACAUGAAAGACAAAUCCUCUAUGCAGGAUCAGAUUCUCAAUAGUAUUGUAACACUCAUGCUAAAUCUAGAAGAUCCACAUCUAGAUGUGACAAAGAGUCGCACAGACAGCUUACAGCUGUGCAAAGCCUUCUUGGGAUGGACGGCAAAUGACAACCAGAACUCUUGGAACGUGGUUUGCAGGCAUCUGGUUAAAGAGCAUCCAGGAAAACUGAGGGGUUUCUUGGACCAAGCACAGGAAUAUACUCAGAGCCCACAAAACUCUUCGAGGAUUGCAGCCACCACGUUCAUAGAUUCUAUUUUCCAGCAAAUGGAAUCCAGUCAUUUGCAAAAAUCGGAAGUAGACUUCUUGAGGAAAGCUUUGAACUCUUUUCCAUCCGAAAGACGAAAUUCUGUCCCGGUUGUUUUGGAACCAGAGAAAGUCCACAGGUAUUGCCCAGAUCUGUUCCGAUGUUCCCGCUAUUUCCCAAGGUAUGCUAUUUUUCCAUCUGGAGUGUAG